AUGGCGGGUCGAUCGGGCUCGCCCCGACGUAUGGUUCCGUGGCUGUACGAUCUGGUCCUGUGGCUCUUUACCUGGGCUCUGGAUCUGUUCUUCCGCGAGAUCUACCCUCGUGGUGCCUGGCGCAUCCCUGAGAAAGGCCCAGUUCUGAUCGUAGCCGCCCCGCAUGCGAACCAGUUCGUGGAUUCGGCGAUUUUGAUGCACCUCCUCAAGUCGCAGGCAAAGCGGCGGGUCUCGUUCCUCAUCGCGCAGAAAUCUAUGAAUGAACCCUACAUCGGAACUCUCGCAUCAUGCAUGGGAGCUCUUCCGGUCGUUCGGUCGAUGGAUCUGGCCAAACCCGGCAAAGGUACCAUCUACCUGGCCGAACCUGACAACGACCCGGCUUUGGUUUAUGGUAUUGAGACCGACUUUACUCAGCCCGAGUACAUGGUUGGUGGCCAGCUCACGAUCAAGGGUCCCGAUGGGCCUCAAACAGCAUCAAUUAAAGAAAUCAUUGGGCCGAGCUCUCUUCGACUGAAGAAGGCAUUCGCCUCCCGACCCAUUUACGAAUCAGAUCGCAAAGGCGCCACUUUCAAGAUCGCUCCCCAUGUUGACCAGCACGAGAUGUUCGACGCCGUCUACAAAGAACUCCACCAGGGCGGAUGUAUUGGCAUCUUCCCCGAAGGUGGCAGUCAUGAUCGCUCCAAUUUGUUGCCCCUGAAGGCAGGCGCUGCCCUUAUGUCGCUUGGCGCAUUGGCGCAGGAUCCCGACUGCGGGUUGUCCAUUGUUCCCUGCGGUAUGAACUAUUUUCAUGCACACAAAUUCCGCUCCCGGGGCGUGAUCGAAUUUGGCAGACCCAUCCACGUGCACCCUGAUCAAAUCGAAGCUUUCAAGGCUGGAGGCACCAGCAAACGCAAUGCCGUCGGCUCUCUACUCGAAACUAUCUACGAGGGUCUCGAAGCCGUCACGCAAAUCAGCCCGGAUCAUGAAACGCUCAUUCUUGUUCAAUCGACGAGAAAACUCUACAACCCUAUCAGCAAAAAAAUUCCCCUCCCUUUGGUCAUCGAAUUCAAUCGUCGAUUGCUCAAGGGCUACGAAAAGUACCAUGAUGAACCUCGGAUCCAAGGCCUUAGAAAGGCCGUGAAAGAUUACAACAGGCGCCUCGAAUCACUUGGAGUCAAGGAUCAUCAGGUGGAGUGGGGCAAUGUCGAGGAGAAGCCAUGGUGGCUGACCUUUAUCACCCUCAUUUACCGCCUUUGCAAGCUUGUUGUUUUGAGUGUCGGUGUCCUUCCGGGUGUUUUGCUGUUCUGGCCGGUCUUUGUCACCACCAAAGUUAUCUCGGAGCAAAAGAGACGCAAAGCACUCGCAGGCUCCGUGGUCAAAUUACAAGGCCGUGAUGUGAUGAGUACUUGGAAGAUCCUUGUCGCUAUGGGACUGGCGCCCACCCUCUACGCUUACUAUACAGUCAUUGUGACGCUCUGGCUCCGUUAUAAUCGCCUUGAUGGCUACUAUACACAAUCAGUGCCCUGGUGGAUGGUUGCUAGGACCUACGUUCCCGAUUUUGUUCCCCUUGGGGCAUUUGCCGUGGGCUUCUAUACCCAUAUGAUCUUCGUCAGCUUUGCUGCACUUCGAUUUGGAGAAAUUGGCAUGGACAUCAUCAAAUCUCUCAUGCCGCUUCUCGUGGCUUUGGAUCCGCUGGCUUCUUCGUCGCUGGCCGACUUGAGAAAUCAUCGCGAAGCCCUUUCUGAGCAAGUUACGGAAACCAUCAAUGAUCUUGGAUUCGGCAUCCUUCCCGACGUCGAUGCCGAAAUCCCCACCGAUCCUUAUAAAGCGGAUGCUUAUCAAUCUUUCCUCAAGAGCAUGCCUCCGAGUGAGGCAGCAAGUCGGGACCGCAGCCGGAGCAGAUCCACUGGUCCUGCUGCUGCCCCUGUUAUGAAAGGACUGAGCACUAUCAGCUCGGAGGGUGAUCUGGAAGAAAUUGAUCGGAAGAUCCAUACUAUUAAGAACAGAGGGCGGCGCUCGAAUACCGUUAGCGGGUUUGAGACUGGAGAGUCAAUCCUGAAGUACAAGCCCCGCCCUCAGGAGAAUACGGAUGAGAAGAAGAAGAAAUGA